AUGCACCAUUUACAAGAAACUUCAGAAAUAAGAGAUUCAUCUGAAGAUUCAACAAAAUUAAUUGGGGAAAUGAUGGAUUGCUCUCAAUCCUCAAAGCACAACGAUUCCCCAGAAAUUAAUGAUUCAAGUCACACGAUCGUAAACAACAGUACAUACCAACUAGCGGAUAAUACGAUGAACGAUUUGUCUACAAAUAACUUUGAUCAAAGUUGGCAGCAAAGUGAAUGUGAUAUGUAUCAACAACAGACCCCCGAAAUUUAUUGUCCAAUGAUGGAAAAUUCAUAUCCUACAAAUAACUUUCCAAUUGAGACGACGAUGCAUAAUUCAUAUCCAUUAAUGAUUAAUGAUACAACAGCUUUCAAUUUUGCUUACAAUGCUCGAAGAUCACAAAAUUUCAUUUCACCACCUCCUAUAUGUGAGACAGAUUAUCAAGUACGCUCACAGGAAGCACGUGUACAAUCACAAAAUUCGAUGGGAAGUCAAAAACCCCCUGUUUAUACCAAAUGGACCGAAGAAGAAGAUGAACUAUUGCGUGCCGCAAUAAGCAUUUACGGUCCACAUAAAUGGUCCCUAAUUGCUGCACAUGUUCCUAAUCGUACCCCGAUGCAAUGUUCCACUAGGUGGUUAGGUGCAUUAAAUCCUACAAUUCAUAAAGGGAGAUGGACACCUGAAGAAGAUGCCUCUCUUAGAGAUGCGGUUAGUGAAUUUGUCGAUUUACUUGAUUCGGAAGGUCAUCCUCAACCUAUACCAUGGAAUAAGAUUGCUGUACGAAUUCCACAUCGAACCGGUAUUCAAUGUCAAGCAAGAUGGUCAGAAGCUCUAGAUCCUAGUGUAAGGAAGGGCAAAUGGUCACCUGAUGAAGAUGAAAUUUUGAAAGGAGGAGUUAGACGUUUCGGACGUUGCUGGAUACGUAUUGCUGAAUUGAUUGAUGGAAGAACUCAGAGACAAUGUAGGACCCGAUGGGUUCAAAUAAAGAAUAAACAAGAAAAAAUUGAAAAAGGUGCCAUUGCAACAACAAAGGCUUGUUCAUCUAAUUCUUCUUCAACCGACGAUGAUGAUAGUAAUGAUGAUAAAAUUUUUUCAACAUCUACCAUUUCAUCUGUCAGUCGUAUAAACACCAUACCUUCAACUCUCCCUAGAAGACAAAUCACAUCCAUUAUCACCAACGAAAGUCCAAUUUUAUCACCAACCGAUACUCUUGUCACAAGUCCUGAGUCGUGUGUGGCAACUCCCGAAUGCAUUCCGAUAUUUGAUUCAUCAAAUAAUAAUAUUGUAAAGAACGAAAAUCUUAUGAUUUUCAAUUCGUAUUAA